AUGUUGGUUCAUCCAAUCUGCACGGGAAGCCUUUUAAGCCAAAUGCCAAAGGAUCUGCCGCUAGAUUUCUGGAAGAAAAUUACGAAUGACUUCUCUGAUGAGCGAAAACUUGAUGAAGGUGCAUUUGGAAUUGUUUACAAGGGAAUUAUGGAAGAUGGCGAAGAGAUUGCUGUGAAGAAACUCGGAGAAAAUUCACCAGUGCCACGCGACAAAGAUUUUAAUAAUGAGGUUCUAAAUAUUAUGGCUCUCAAACAUGAAAAUGUUGUAGAGUUAGUUGGUUACUGCCAUGAAGCGCAGAAGAAAGUGGUGCAGAACAAUGGAAGAUAUAUUGUUGCAGACAUUGUUGAAAGUCUACUUUGCUACGAACAUUUACGUAAGGGAAGCCUUAAGAAGAAUCUUUUUGAAGUACCAGAUAAAAUGGAUUGGGACACACGCUUCAAAAUAAUAAAGGGGAUCUGCCAAGGUUUACUCUUCCUUCAUGGCAUCAAUAUUGUCCAUAUGGAUCUUAAGCCUGAAAAUAUAUUGUUGGAUGACAAUACUGUACCGAAAAUUGUGGAUUUCGGUCUGUCGAGACUGUUCGGUCAAGAACAAACGCGGAUGAACACACAAAAUGUUGUGGGAUCAUAUGGAUACAUAGCUCCGGAGUAUCUAUACAGAGGUGAAAUCUCCAACAAAUCAGACAUAUUUAGUUUAGGUCUGUUAAUCCUGGAGACAACGACAGGAGAGAAGAAUUGUCCCAGCAAGGAACCGUCUGCAGAGCAAUUUAUUAAAAACGUACGUAAAAAUUGGACGGAUGAGCAUAUAAUGCGCCAGUACUCAGAUUAUGAUAAGGAAUGCCUCCAGCAAGUAAAAAAAUGCAUCGAAAUUGGUCUAGAAUGUGUUGAGAUUGAACGGCAGAAGCGGCCUUCCAUAGAAAAGAUUGUUGACAAGCUCAAUGGAGGAUACUCUAGUGCAAGCUGAACGUCGUGCGAGAUAUAAAAUCAACAGUCCACACAUUGCGCUCCUGUUGUGAUUAUUUUGUUUCAUAAGAAUGCAGAGGGGAAAUUUCAGCUGGUGGUAACAUACUCUCUGAAAUUUAGUUUGUGCUGCUUUCAGCUGGUGGUAACAUUUAUCUGUAGAACCAUUUAGUUUGUCCUGCAUUUCAGUUGGUGGUAAAAUGCUCUCUGAAAUUUCAGAUCUCUCCAGUGAGCAUGAAACCUGGAUCUUCUU